GACGGGUGGGGUGUUCUGGGCUGGGGCUGGCAGGGGCUGUCCUAGGGGGGCUUUCUGCUGUCGUAUCGAGGCUGCAGGCCGGCCGGGUGCUGUGCUGUACUGAAACCAAGUGCUGGCAAACGAGGAGAGACGAGUGAAAAAAAAAAACUCAGAAUGGAGCAGCGGCGAAGAGGGACAAGGCACGAUGGGAUGGACGUGGACCACCCACAGACGGUGAAGAAGUUUGUUUGUUGCCUUUGUUUUGCUGCGUUUUACUGUGUUUUACUGCGUUUUACUGCUUUUUGCUGCGCUUACUGUGUCGCCUCCCGCCUCGUGUGUAUGUCUGUGUUUUCUCCUGGUGCCUGCUGCGGCGGGGCCCAGUGCCAGUGGUGUAGCGGUGUCGGGGCCGUUCCCCUGCUCUGCGUGUCCGGCCGCUGCCCACGCCCACCACCAUUCUGCUUCUUGCGUCUGCCAUUGUGCGCUGUGCACGUCUGUGUGCUGCCCUGCUGCUGCUGUGCAGUGCUACUGCAGCCGCAGUUGCGUGUUGCCCGGCUGGGUGCUCGUUUUUCGAGCCGUGUUGGGCGAAAGGCCGGGCAGUACUGCCGACGGCAACUGACGCCGAGGGGAGGGUGUCACGUGGCGAAGGGGCACGUGACAUGCAACGGGUCGAUAGACCUGUCUGCACUGCCUUGGAAAGUGUGUCACGUGACAUGGAUAUCACGUGACAUUGUCUGGGUCGAUCGACUUGUUUUUUUGCACUGCCCGGAAAAAGGGGUGGAAUUUUUUUUUUCUCUUUUUUUUCUUUUUUUUUCUUUUUUGGAAUAGUUUCAGAAACUUUUUUUUUCACAUUUCGUGCUCCAGAUAUUACCAAUUGAUGUUUCCUGUGUUGGACCUAGGCUUCUUUGUUGGGCAAGCCAAGCAGGAAACACAGCAUUCACAGAGACGAUGGUCAAAGCAGCAAGAGCCGCAGCAGCGUCGAAGAGAAAGGGCGACAGGGGGGGCGUUUCCGCCGCCUCGAAGAAGCAGAAGAGGUCGUCGUCAAGCGUGACGAUGGACCCACG